ACAACCAGCCAACUACUCUACCAUAAAUCGUCCAAUGUCGUCUACAAUGAAAACUGCGUCAACAAUGUCGGAUGGUAGCAUGCAAUCGUUCCAAGGCGCCACACAGGAGUUCGUUGUAAUUUCCGACAUUGCUUCUGGCGGGUACGGCGCUGUAUUCAAAGUCCGAGGCUCUAAAGGAGGCGUUUUUGCUCUAAAACUUGAGAAGCGUGCUCCAAAGCGUGACCACUACAAGCUGCAGAUGGAGGUGCGGGUGUUGCAGGCCGCUGCCUUGGCAAAGCCGGAAGAGAGACAACACUUGCCCACGCUCAUUGACCAUAGUGAACCGCACAGUUCAAGCAGUAGUAUGUUCAUUGUCAUGACGCUUCUGGGCAAGUCGCUGGGAGACAUAAAGCGAGCGUACAGAAAGAGGAUCUUCAGCCCUAACACUGCCUACUAUUGUGCCAUCCAGUCGAUUGACGCGAUCAAAGAAAUGCACGAUCUUGGCUUUCUUCACCGCGACAUCAAACCGGCAAAUUUCGUGAUUGGAAUGCAAGGGAGCAAAUACUGCAAUACGGUUUUCGUUGUGGACUACGGGAUUGCACGGAAGAUUCUUGACGCUAAGGGGAGUAUGCUGACACCACGAAGAAAGAUAAAGUUCAAAGGCACCGUCCGCUUCGCCCCAGUGACCAUGCACAAGAUGGAGGAGCUUGGACGUAAAGACGACUGCGAGAGUUGGAUCUAUAUGGUUGUGGACAUGGUCAACGUUAAUCGACUUCCGUGGCACAUGGUUACCGACGUGGACGAAGUUGAGCGAAUGAAGAGGAAGGCGAUUGCUGAGCCAAAAACAUUGUUCCCAAACCAUGAGGAGAGCGAGUUACAUGAAGUAUAAAAUAUUUGAAUGGGCUGCACUAUGUGGACAAGAUUGACUACAACUGGAUUCGCGAAAUGGUCAAGCGUGUGGCGAAACGACGGGACUGCACUCUUAUGGAGCCGUUUGACUGGCAACUUAAAAAAAGAAGAACGAUGUCGACCUAAGAAUCGUGUGGUUUUUUUCUCUGAUUUUUUGUACGUAUUAAUUGUAUGUAUUUGCCCAUCCAUAAAUAUAAUAUUUGUGUAAUUUAAUGUGAUUAAGAUAAAUAUUUUUUCCUUGUUUAAUUUAAAAAUUGGGAGCAGACGAUCAG